AGUUUCUGGCAUGACCAAGGGACACAACUCUGCGCAGCAAAUUGCAGCACCUUAGACGAUUGGGACCCCUCUGCCCUAUCUAUCAAUAAGGAGGUUUUGGUCCUUGAGUGUUAUUUAGAAGUUGGAAGGCAUUCCGGAGGUAUUCCUAUAAUACAAGUCACCGCCUCCAUGGUCAAGUGGAUAAAGCGUCCGCCUGAAGUGUUGAAUUGGUGGUUUGGAUCUCCUGGCUGCACCAUAUCAAGACGUUAAAUAAUGAUAGACAGGAGCCCAGUCAAUACGAAGAACUCUCCUGAAACACGGGAACGAAAGUAUCCAAAAUGGCGUCGAAUUCACAUGGCCAAACAUCGACAGAGGACACAAGUAAGCCCAACGACCAAAAAAAGUUUGAAGGAACAAAAGAUGAUGAUUAUGGGUUUUAUUUCUACCCAGAGAGGGGCGUGCCAGAGGAAAAACCCUCCUUUUGGAAAGGCAUUUGGCAAGGACGAACAUCGGGCCAGAAACUGAAAUGCGAAACCAACGUAGCCUGGUGUAUUGAAAAUCACCCCAUGGUCAAGUUAAUGAUGAGAGCCCUGAAAAGCCAUGGCUGUGCAGUGGAUCUGACUCGCCAUGUCUCCUGUGAAAAGUGCCGCGAGCGAGUCAAUGGAGGAUUUGAUCCAACCACAAACCAAGUGGUUGUGUGUCAGAACAAUGCCACCAAGAGAAGCAUCUGCUGUAAUGUCCUGGCUCACGAGUUCAUCCACGCCUUUGAUGCUUGCAGAGCGAAAGUCGACUUUGAAAAUCUCCGUCAUCUAGCCUGCUCUGAGAUUCGUGCUGCCAACAUCAUGCACUGUUCCUUCAUGGCGGCCGUGUCUUCCGGAGAUGCAUCCCCAGUGAACAUCAAGCAAAGACAUCAGGAGUGUGUCAAGUCAAAAGCCAUCAUGUCUGUGUUGAUGGUGAGGAAUGUGACCCAUGAGAAGGCCAGCCAAGUAGUGGACAGUGUGUUUGACAAGUGUUACAAAGACUUGGAGCCAGUUGGGAGGCGGCCACGGAAGGGGUCGCGGGAUCCGGACCGAGCCCUUAUUGAAGGAGCGUAUUAUGGUUACACGGGAUAGCAGGCAUCUGGGAUAGGAUUUUAUGUGUGCUUCAGUUGCCCUAGUGGACCGUGUAUGCAUGUACUUGAUGUAUGUAAGGGCCGAACUUGACCAGUGACAGGUCAGGUUCCUCUGCUGAACUGCGGACAACCGGUUCUUGGUAUGUGGAGCAUUAAAUCUGUAUUAGCUUUUGCCAGUGUUUCCAUGGUUAAAAUGUCUACCAAGUGAGGCUUAUUCUUGGACUUCUAUGUUGGUCACAUGUAUAACUUCCAACUGUUGGCCCAGAUAAUAUGUGUAGUGUUGUUUGUCACUGACACAGAUUCAGUAUCACUUUGCAGAGGCGACAAAGCUGUGAUAUUGCUGACUUUGCAUAAAUAAAUAUUCACUCACUCACCAGUGACAAUGGCUACCGCUGGCAAAAUUAAACACAUGAAUAAAUAUGUGAGUGAGUGAGUUUGGUUUUACGCCGCUUUUAGCAAUAUUCCAACAAUAUCACGGCGGGGGACACCAGAAAUGGGCUUCACACACUGUACCCAGGUCGGGAUUCGAACCUGGUUCUUUGGCGUGACGAUCGAACGCUUUAACCACUAGGCUACCCGACCGCCCCGAAUAAAUAUGUAAAUGUAUAAGACGGUCUAUAAGAGAUGUAUGGAUUUGCUAAUGCAACUGUGAAAUGAUACGUUCAUAUGCCGACUUUGAACAUUGUGAUAGUACUUGUUAUUCGGAAAAGUGCACAAAUAUUUAGUAUCGUCCAUUUUCUUUCAGGCUGAACUAGUGUAUCACAUUCUGUAGCAUAUGCUUUGUACUCCACAAGGACGUUAGUACCAAAGCAAGAAGAUUAAGCAUUCACACAUUAAGAUAAUAUAUUUAUGACCACAUUUUAUUAUGAAAUAAACAGACAAAUUACAAAAUCAAGGUGUGUUUAUUACUGAACCCGCAGUAAUGGUACAAAUGUGUAAAUGUCAUAUAUAUCACAAGCAUGGAUGUCAAAACAAUAUGAAUGCUGAUUUGAUUUCAUGUAACCAUGGUAACAGUGUUGCAGACACUGAUCCUGAUAAGACACUUGUGCAAGAUGAGAUGAGUGGCAAAUUACAGAUCCAAAGAAAUCUCACAGUAGUGCUUCUUGCACCAUCUUGAAAGCAGCCUAUAUAAUCAAGUUUAAUAUAUGCUACUCAAAAGUUCAAGAACACAAUGUUUUCAUACGACCAUAGUUAAUGUAGAAUGUUAAGGCUGUAUCUAUCAUAAUGGGAUUUUGACAAACUGGAUAAUCGAGGAUGAA